CACUUUCUAAUUUCUUAUCUUUUCUGGAAUACCUAAUAUCCAGCGGAUAGUUUCAUCGUAUUUAUUACAUUGACAAAUGCUUUUACUUGUUAUUAUUCCAAGUCAUGAUAAACCUAUUGCUACUACUGAAUUGGUUAAAAGGUUAAGGAGUUUACUGGAUGAAUUGUCAGAUAUGGAACAGGAAACUACAGAGCGCAAUUCUUUGCUGCCGGUUGCUUCAUCAUUAGUCAAUCAGAACCUUCUACACCAUAGAGAUAAAGGAAUUCGCUCUUUUGUUGCUUGCUGUAUCGUGGAGCUUCUUCGAUUGUGUGCCCCAGAUGCUCCAUUUACAUUAUCCCAACUGGAAGAAAUAUUCCAAGUAAUACUGAAGCUUUUAAGCGGACUCGAAAAUCCCGAAUCUACGUACUAUCUUCAAGUUUAUCGAAUACUUGAAAGUUUAUCAAACGUUAAGUCUGCAGUACUCAUGGUUGAUUUGCCAAAUGCAGAGUCCUUUCUAGUUUCUAUAUUUCGUCUCUUUUUCGAUAUCUCAAGAAAGGGUACUAACAAAAACGUUGAGUUCUAUAUGCUUGAUAUCAUUCACCAACUAAUUAAUGAAAUUAAUAGCGUACCUCAGAUCGCCAUGAACAUUCUUUUUGCUCAAUUAAUUUCGGGUCAUGGUGUAAGAGAAUACAUAGGUUCCCCAGACUCCCAGAACCACGGUCCUGCUUUCCAGUUAGCAAGGAAUAUCUUCCGUGAUUCUGCUGAUCGUCUACAACGUUAUGUUUGUCAAUAUUUUUCUGAUAUCGUCUUUGAUACUAAAGACUCCGUUUCGGAUGAAAAAACAACUCCAGAAUUCAUAUUCGCACAUAAUCUUGUUAUUCAACUUUGGGAAUAUGCACCCUUAACAUUACUCAAUAUUGUCCCUCAGUUUGAAAACGAGCUUCAAGCUGAGCAAACCAGUGUAAGACGUGUCGCAAUUCAAACAGUCCGUCUGAUGCUUCCUAAUCACUCUCUUUGGUCGGACUAUCCUAAGGUCUGGUCUGCCUUUUGUGGUCGCCUGAAUGAUAAAGUAACAGCUUGUCGCGUGGACUGCGUAGAAAAGCUUAUGGAUGUAUUAAGGAACCCUUUGGCAUCUUCAGACAUAACUAACUAUGUUAUUCAACUUUAUCAGGGAAAGCUUGCGGAUACUGAUGAAAAGGUUCGUAUUGCUGCUUUGCAAGCUAUCGGUCAUUUGUCGCUGGACAUUAUAAAAAUUCACGUUCCAGUAGAAAUAUUAAAAUUAAUGGGGGAUAGACUUCGUGAUAAAAAGCUUUCAGUUCGAAUUCAAGCCAUUCAAACGUUAAGUAAAAUUUAUCAUGUUGCGUUUCCUGGGCUUGAAGCUGGUGAAGAGGUUAGUCUACACCUGUUCAGUUGGAUACCUUCUUCUUUGCUAGAAGUAUUUUAUAUAAAUGAUGAAGCUACUAAUACUACUGUUGACCUUGCGAUGAAUGAGCUUGUACUUCAGGAAUUGAACCCUGAUACGAAUACUCGUGUAAACAGACUUUUAGUUGCCAUGAAUCAUUUCUCAGAGAAAGCUUUGCGCGUUUUUUUUAUGUUACAGCAAAGACAACUCAGGUUUUCUGGAUACUGUAAGUAUUUUAUUGAAUGUUGCAAAAACUAUAAUGGUGGUGUUAUUGAUGAAAACGAAGAAGAAAUGACUUCCAGGUUAAAAAAGGUAAUAGGAGCUAUCUCUUCGAAGACUGUCAAUCCUUCUUUAAAUGAAUCAUCGCUGCAAAAGUUUGCAGAUACAAAUGACCGGCAGGCAUAUAAAAUGUUAAUCGAAACAUUUUCACCAAGGAAUGACUAUCAAACUGUUUUAAAAAAUAUUAAGCACUUAUUUAAAAGAAUGGUAUCCAGCAUGAGUAACCAACAUUUUGAAUGUUUUCGAUUACUGGUUUACCGUUGUGCAUUAUUUGUUUUUAAUAAAACAACUGUAAUGAAGCUGGUCAAUAAGAUUGGAAGUUCACAAAGUAACUUUCAAUAUGCAAAUUCUGCUGAGCUUUUACUUCAGCAAUUACCAUUGAUUCAUCCUGAGAUUUACGAAGAGUUGUUUACUAAUAUGGAAAAUAUGAUUUCAUCUUUUGGUCUGAAAGCGGACGUCAAAGUCUUAAAGACUCUUUCACAUUUUGCUAAGAAAAAGAAGAACUUUUCCGUAAACUCUGAAGUAAUUAAUACCCUUAUGAAUCUUUGUUUUCAAGGAACAGAUGGUCAAGCAAAGCAAGCAGCUACUGUGUUAGCGCUUGCUGAUAAUUUCUUUGAUAUGGAUUCAUUCGUAUCAAAAAUCGUUGACGGAUUACAUUACGAUAAUUCUCUGUCAACCCGUCUGUCGGCCUUAACGCAACUGUUUUUAUAUCGUUUAGAUGCUGUUGAAAAGCAUGCUGAUUUUAUCACUGAAUGCUUGGUUAAGGAAAUAAUUCAAAUGGUUCCACAAACGAAUGAAGAUGAUGUCGAAAACGAUGAAUGGUGUGAGUUUCAAUCCUUGGAUCACCUAUAUCGUUGCAAAGUACUUGCAAUAAAAGUUUUAGUUAAUCGGUUACGAGCUGGAUAUCGCUCUCCAGAAGCAUUGGAGAUAGCCGCGCCCGUUCUGAAAUUAUUAAAUGUAAUAUUGUUAACGGAAGGUGAGCUUAGUCCUCAUAAAAAUACCUCGCGAUUGGGUAAAGCUCAUCUACGAUUGAUUACAGGAAAAUCUUUGUUAAAAUUAGCCAGUAUCCCAAUUUACGCUGAAUAUUUGGAUUUUAAUACCUAUUUACGAACUUCAUUAUUAUGCCAAGAUCCUCUUUUUGAUGUCCGAAACGCCUAUAUACAAAACUUACAAAAAAGAUUGCAGUAUCGAAAGCUUCCUAUGCAGUUCUAUGCAAUUGUAUUCCUUGUUGUUCAUGACCCCGAAGAAGAGAUAAUAUCGAAAAUGUCUUUGUGGAUAUGCUCGCAAGUGAUAUACUUUCGUAAAGUGCGCAAUUAUACUAUGGAGUAUGUUAUCACUUAUUUGCUUCAUUUACUCUCUCAUCAUCCAGACAUCUCAUUGUCUGAUAAUGAAAAUGUCUUUGACUUUGUUAAGUAUAUACAAUUCUAUGUUGAAAAUGUGGCUUCCAGUGAAAAUAUUCCGAUUAUUUUCCAUCUGGUGCAACGGGUAAAGCAGAAUUAUGAUGCUAUUGAACCGGAAAGAAAGUACGUCUAUAUGCUGAGUGAUUUUGCACAGAAAAUUGUUCAAACUAAGGCGCAAAGCAUGGGAUGGAGUUUAACUACUUACCCGAAGCAAGUGAAACUACCAUCUACUAUUUUCAAGCCUCUACCAACUUCUGAAGAGAAGCAAAAAUUCUUUGCAAAGAAUUUCCUUACACCUGAGAUAGAAUCCGCCAUAGAACACAUGGUCCGAACUUCCACGAUUAGUACUGCAAAACUACUUAGCCAAACAAACUCGACGAGGAACGGGAACCGUGAAAAAAUAAAAAGGAAGCGCACCGGAACAAGACAACCAAAAGCGAAAAAGCAAAACAUAAAAGAUAAAAAUCAGGUUCAUCUACCUCGUAGAGCGAGUACUAGAGUUUCUACAAAGCAGGUGAAUUAUGCGGAAGCAGAGUCUAGCGGAGCUUCAGAAAGUUCUGAAGCCUCUGAGGAUUUUGAGGACGACGAGUAA